AUGUCCCUGUGGAUCCUGCUGACGGUGGUGGUCACUCCCUGUCCCUGUGGUCACUUUGCUGACCCUGGUGGUCACUCCCUGUCCCUGUGGUCACUCCCUGUCCCCGUGCCCACUCCCCAGGAUCCUGCUGACGGUGGUGGUCACUCCCUGACCCUGGUGGUCACUCCCUGUCCCCGUGUCCACCCCCAGGAUCCUGCUGACGGUGGUGGUCACUCCCUGUCCCUGUGGUCACUCCCUGACCCCGUGUCCACCCCCAGGAUCCUGCUGACGGUGGUGGUCAUCUUCCGCAUCCUCAUCGUGGCCAUCGUGGGCGAGACGGUCUACGAGGACGAGCAGACCAUGUUCAUGUGCAACACGCUGCAGCCGGGCUGCAACCAGGCGUGCUACGACAGCGCCUUCCCCAUCUCGCACAUCCGCUACUGGGUCUUCCAGAUCAUCCUGGUGUGCACGCCCAGCCUCUGCUUCAUCACCUACUCCGUGCACCAGGCGGCCAAGCAGCGCGAGCGCCGCUGCUCCUGCCUGGCGCCGCUGCUGGAGCCGCGCCCGGAGCCGCCGGCGCCGCGCCCGGCCCGCAGCGCCAAGGCCAAGCGCCAGGAGGGCAUCUCCAGGUUCUACGUCAUCCAGGUGGUGUUCCGGAACGCUCUGGAGAUCUCACACCUGUCCCUGACCCUCACCUGUCCUCUCCUUGCCCAGGUGGUGUUCCGGAACGCUCUGGAGAUCUCAGACCUGUCCCCGACCCUCACCUGUCCUCUUCUUGCCCAGAGCCUGGGCGAGGCGCGGCGCAGGGAGGCGGCGGCGCCCGCGCUGGGCCGGACGCAGUCCAGCGAGUCGGCCUACGUCUGA